UUGAACUGAUUGUAGGGAGGAUUCUGAAAACAGAACUCCUCAGUAGAGUUGUACGUAAUAAGCUAAAGUGUUCCAUUGAUUUUUCUCAUAGUUUAUGCGGUUGUGCAACAGACUUAGGGUAAAAUGACUACAGUUAUACCACGUAUAGAACAACUAUCGUCCAGAGUUGUUCGCAUCCUCGGCUGCAAUCCUGGACCCAUGACACUUCAGGGAACUAAUACGUACUUGGUCGGAACCGGGAACAGACGGAUCCUGAUAGACACCGGAGAGCCUUCAGUCCCAGAGUACAUCAGCUGUUUAAAACAAGCCUUGAGCCAAUUCAACACCACGAUUCAAGAGAUAGUAGUAACACAUUGGCAUCACGAUCAUACGGGAGGGGUUUCGGACGUUUGUAGGGAUGUAUCCGUGGAUUCUGAGUUGCGGGUUAGCAAACUUCCUCGAGCUCCACCCGUUGAAGAAUUAACAACAGCUGGGAAAAAAUACUGUUACCUGAAGGAUGGCGAUGUCAUAGCAACAGAGGGUGCAACGCUGAAGGUCCUUUACACCCCCGGCCACACGGACGACCAUAUGGCCGUGAUGCUGGAGGAGGAGAACGCGGUGUUCUCGGGGGACUGCAUUCUGGGGGAAGGGACGGCCGUGUUUGAGGACCUGUACGAUUACAUGAAGUCUCUGCAGAUACUGCUCAGCUCCAGGGCUGACUUGAUAUACCCAGGUCACGGGCCGGUGGUGCAAAAUGCUGGCAGGAAAAUCCAGGAGUACAUCACUCACAGGAACCUCAGAGAGCAGCAGGUUCUGAACGUUCUGCAGAGCAGUGCCGGGAAGGAAUUCACCUCCGCAGAGCUCGUAAAAGUGGUGUACAAGGAAACGCCUGAGCAUCUUCACGGAGCAGCUGAAGUGAAUCUUGUGCAUCACCUGAAGAAGCUCGAGAAAGAGGGCAAAAUAAUUUGCGAAAAUGAAUCGCAUCAGUGCUGCAGAUGGAAGAACAAACUCUGAGAACAUAAUGGGACUGAAUUAUACUGAAUUGAAUCUUUGGUUUCCUUUUUUAUCAUCAAGGGCACAUACAAUAUCAUUGCUAACUAAGGAAGUGGCAGAGAUAGUGCUAUGAUUAGCCUUAUAUUGUUUUUCUGGUGUGUUUGUCCUAGCCUUUUUGAUUUGCAGUGUGCAGAAUUACUUUUUGACAUGAAAAUACAUCGAGUACAAAUUUCCUAGAUGUCAACUGUGGUUUCAUGCAUUGAAGCCCAGUGUGAAGCAGGUCUCUUCUGUUGUUAAACCCUGCCAGAUUGAGAUCACAAUCUGUUUAAACUAUUUACAAAUCAUGUAUUCGAUUGUGAAUGCGUAUUUCAAGGAUGUGUAAUGUCUUAUCAAUGCUGUUUUCUGUGAUAAUGAUUGUUAAAUAUACAAAUAAUUCAGUUAUUAAUCAAAAAUGCACAGUGGCCCCAA